AUGGGCGCCCAACAAUCUUCCGAGAGCUCCAACGCUGGUGGCCCUGCUCCUGCUGCAAAGACAUGUUACUACGAACUGCUAAGCGUUGAACGCUCAGCUACAGAUGACGAAAUCAAGAAAGCUUAUCGCCGAAAAGCUCUCGAGCUUCAUCCCGAUCGCAACUACAACGAUGUCGAAAAUGCUACACGCCGUUUCGCUCAAGUACAGACCGCUUACGAGAUCCUGUCCGACCCGCAAGAGAGAGCAUGGUACGACUCGCACCGAGACGCCAUCCUGAGCGGCCAAGAUGCCCAAGACAACGGCGGAAAUCCCACUACCUUCCGAAAUGUGCGACUCACCUCCGCCGAGGAGAUCAUGAGCUUGAUUCGCAAGUUCAACGCCGCUGUACCCUUCGACGACGAACCAACAGGCUUCUACGGAAUUUGCAGGGAGACCUUCGAGCAUCUGGCUUUGGAAGAGGAGGUUGCUGCCGACAACGACGACCUCGACGUGCGAGACUACCCGACUUUUGGUUCCUCCGAUGACGACUAUGACGAUGUUGUGAAACCCUUCUAUACCGUAUGGGCUGGCUUCUCAACAGUCAAGUCAUUUGCUUGGAAAGACAAAUAUCGUCUCUCUGACGCCCCUGAUCGCCGAGUGCGUCGCUUGAUGGAGAAGGAGAAUAAGAAGAUGCGCGACGAUGCCAUACGAGAAUUCAAUGAUGCUGUCAACUUCUUGGUGGGCUUUGUACGAAAGCGCGAUCCCCGAUACAUUCCCAACUCUCAAACACAUGACGAGCGACAGGCUUCACUGCGCAACGCUGCUGCUGCUCAAGCCGCUCGAUCGCGCGCUGCAAACCAGGAGCGCAUGGCUUCUUUCGAGGUACCCGAGUGGGCGCAAACCCGCUCCGACGACAAUGGAGCAGAAGGUGAUUUCUCCGAGUCUGAGGAGGAAUCCGAGGUCGAGAUUUUGGAGUGCGUUGUGUGCAACAAGAAUUUCAAGAGCGAGAAGCAACUUGAAGCACACGAGAAGAGUAAGAAGCAUAUCAAAGCCGUCCAGCAAUUGCGGCGACAAAUGAAGCGCGAAGGUGCCGAGUUGCAACUUGACGAGAUAUCAUCACCCAGUCAAAAGGCCGCAGGCAAGGUCGAUCAGAACGAAGACGUCGAACACGAGAAUAGUACGCAAGAUGCUGCCUCAACCAAAGCUUCCCCUGUUAAUGAGGCUGCGCCGCCCUCAGAAAAUGUUUCGUACGAGUCAACACCUGCGGAUUCUGCGGACGCUUCAGACGACACCGACUAUGCACCAAGAGACGUUGUCGCAGAGAGAAUAGCUUCUGCCAAUAAGUUCGAGUUGGAGGAUAACUUGAAUAAUGAAGACGAUUUGUCUGCAUCUGUUCAAGAUUUAUCUGUCGACGAACCAGCGCAAGGCAGGAAGGUUGGAAAAGCGAAGGCGAAGCGUGACAAGAAGGCCGCAGCUGCAAAAACACAGCAGGAAGCUACACCGGUGUGCGGAGUUUGUGGGGAGUCAUUUACUUCCAGGACCAAGAUGUUCGCGCACAUCCGUGACGAAGGACAUGCUGAACUAAAACCAGUAACUGGUGGUGGUAAGAAGAAGAAACGAUGA